CACGGCUGCCCCGUCUGCGUCAGUCUGCGCUCGACAGAAAAAAAGUAAUGGGUGCACGUCAAUUUCAAUCUCCCUGGGGCCUACCAAGCGAGACACCCAAGCGAAAGGGGGUGCUCCCAAAGAAGGGCAUGCGUGGUGACGCGACUUGGUAGACAGAGUUGAGAUAGAUAUAAUUCGUAUCGCCUUCGCCAUGGGUAUGCCAGGUUUUUUGUUCCUUUCUUUCCCUUGUUCAUCAUCAUCGCAUACCUUCCACUCUCUGCGCAAGGCGUAUACAUUUUUUAUAAUCCUUGGUUUCGGUUCCUUGGUGAGACCAGCAUUCCACACACACUCACUUGGGAAGAGUCCACUUGUAUCAAAAGACUCGAUUCGCCCUCGCUACAAAGCUAUAUCCCGUCCGUCUUCCGUCAGACGGAGUCUCCGUUUGCACGGCACUCCCAGCUCCUUUCCAGAAGCAAUCACCUCAAACGAUCACCUUAUGAUUAGAAGGAACAGCAACGUCGUCACAAUCAAUAUGGGCCGAGGAGCGUACGACACAACCGGCACACUGAAGCCUGGCCAGCCUCCGCCACCAAAGCCUCGAUAAUCUUGUGAUUUUACCUGACACGAGAGCACCAUGCGCCGUCAUUCCGCUUCUCCUCCUUCCUUGCGGCCGGAAGAGGAAAGGAAAGAUACAGCAAUCAA